AGUCUUCAGCCAGGGGUCAUCACUUAUAAGCUGGAGCAGUAGCCACAUGGGAGAGCCCCCUUCCCCAACCUCUGGGAACCAUCAGCUCCUUUCUGGAGGAGCAGGCUGGAGGACGGGGGUAGCGAGGAACAUCCAGAGAUACCCCUGACCUCUCUCUUCCCCCCAGGAAUGUACUUUGCGCUCCCUGCAGAGAGCCACCCAAGGGAGGGCAAAGCCACCAUGCCACACAUGUCCUGCCAGAGUUCUAGAACUCAAGGUCAGUGAAGAUGCUCAAUCCAAAGAAUGGGCCUGAGAAGGAACUUUCAGAAGAAUCAUGUGAGCUUGAAGCGGCUGCUGUCCUCCCAGCAUCUUGCCUUCGGCAUCUGGACAGCAGCAACUGGAAAGAGCGGAUAUCCUGUCUGGAGGCAUUUGAGAAGGCUGUGGAAGUGAUGGAGAAGAACCAGAUGCCUUGCCAGGCUCUUGUGAGGCUGCUGGAUAAAGAACCAGGAUGGAGGGAAACCAAACUCCAAGUGAUGCAGAAGAAGUUGCAUAUUGUCACCCUCAUUGCCCAGAGAGGAAACUUCUCCAAAACCUCAGCUCAGUUUGUCCUGGGGAACCUAGUGGACAAGGUCGGAGAUGUCAUCUGUGGCAGUGACACCAAAGAAGCUCUGACUGCAGUUGCAGAAGCGUGUGGAUUGCCCUGGACGGCAAGGAAGGUAACGGAAGCAGCCUUCUCACAGGACAGCCCCCGAACCCAUUCAGAAACUCUCAACUGGCUAUCUAGCGUCAUUAAGGAUUUUGGCUUCGAUGGCAUGGAAGCCAAGGCCUUGGUGGGCUACAUUAAAUCUGCCUUGACUGCUGCUCACCCAGAUGUGCGGGCAUCUGCCUUCAACCUUCUGGGGGUUAUAUAUCUGUACAUUGGAGCCCCACUGAGGACAUUCUUUGAGGAUGAAAAGCCGCCUCUUCUGUCUCAGAUAGAUGCGGAGUUUGAGAAGAUGAAUGGCCAAAGCCCACCCUCUCCUUCACGAGGCCGCUGCAAAUUCUGCAGGGAUGAUGCGAAUGAACAGAGAGGAGGGGAUGCCCAGAGCCGCAGGAGGAAUGACACCGCUGACAUUAGCAGGAAAAUCUCUGCAGAGCUGAUGCUGAAGAUGCAGGAUACGAGCUGGAAGAUCCGCAAGGAAGGACUGGAGGAGAUUGUGAGGAUCCUCACUGAUGCCACAUCCAUCAAGCCCACCAUUGGGGAUCUUCCAGUUGCCUUGAAGGCUUGUCUGUAUGAUUCCAAUAAAGCUGUUGUGAAGCAGACCCUCAUUGUCCUCCAGCAGCUUGCAAGGGUUAUGGGGCCAGGCAUCAAGCAUCAUGUCAAGGCUCUGGGGCUGCCCAUGAUCGCGGUCUUAAGAGAGAGCAAGAGCAACUUGCGAGCAUUGGCUUUCACCACUCUGGAAGCCUGGGCUGAGCAAACCAGCAUGAAGGAAUGGCUGGAAGGGGAAGAGCUCUUCAAGGAGCACCUCUUCCAGAGGCAGGGGAUCCUGGGGUGGCUGGCUGAGAAGCUGCCAUCCACUAGUUCUGUCUCCGCUGAUCUGUUUCGCUGUGUGCCUCACCUCUAUUCAAGCAUGGAGGAUCAUCAUGAAGAAAUGCGCCUAGUAGCCCACGAGGCCCUGCCCUUCUUCCUGCUCCACCUUGGUUUUGAGAAGAUGUCUGAAGCUGCUGACAAGCUGAAACCGUCUUCCCGAGACCAGCUGCUGCCUAUUCUGGAGAAAGCCAAAGCCGGCCGGCCAGCCAAGCCCACCAUCAGUUUUGCCAAAACAUUUUCCAAGCUACCGAGGGGAAAGUCAUGGUCCAACUCGAGCUCGACUCCCACCAAACAGAGCAGUCUGGCCUCCAUCCCUACUGAGAGCCCAGAGUCAAGUGAGCUGAACUUGGAGGUCAAAAAAGCCAAGUCAGAAGGAGCUGUCCAGAAUACGAAGAAACCGCCAAGCAUCAAGCUGCCGUCAAAACUGAACACGAAGGAAGACAGCAGCCAGAAGGGGCCCAUUUUCAUUGUUGUUCCCAAAGCAAAGGAGCAGAGGGUGAAGGAUGAGAAGGCUUUGAAAGUACUGAGAUGGAACUUUAGCACUCCAAGCAGCAAGUAUGUGGAGCAGCUCAAGGGCCAGAUGUGUGGCUGCCUCUCCAGCUGGCUGCAGGAGGAGCUGUUCCAUUCCAACUUCCAGCACCACAUCAGAGCCUUGACCGUGAUGACCAAGCAUCUGGAGAGUGAGAAGAAUGGAGUCAUCAGCUGCUUGGACCUCAUCUUGAAGUGGCUCACUUUGCGGCUGUUUGAUACCAACACGUGGGUGCUAAUGAAGACUCUGGAGUAUCUCAAAAGACUCUUCAGUCUGUUGAUUGAGGAGAAAUACCAGCUGACAGAGAGUGAGGCAUCUUCCUUCUUUCCUUACCUCCUCCUGAAAAUGGGGGGGACUAAGGAGUCCAUCCUCAAGGAGGUGCGGGCAAUAGUGAAACAGAUAACCCUGGUUUAUCCAGUUUCCAGGAUUUUCUAUUUCCUCCUAGAGGGAGCCCAAGCCAAGAACCCCAACCAGCGGGUGGGAUGCUUGAAAGAGCUGGGGUGGCUGCUCAAGGCGUAUGGUCCAGAUGUGUGUCAGCCAAACCCAAGCAAAGCCUUGAAGACCAUCAUCACCUUGACAGGAGAUUCCAACAACGCUGUCCACAGUGCUGCCUUGAAGGCCAUCGCGACUGCUCGGGAUGUGUAUGGAGUAGAGGCCUUCAAGACCAUUGGGAAUAUAUCUGAGAAGCACAUGAGUCUAUUGGAGGAGAGCAUGAAAGAGGUAGCAGCCAGGCAAGGCAAUCUGGGCAUUAAGGCAUGCUCAGGAGAGGGGUCCAAACGCAGCUCGAGAACCAGCAAUUACACAGAAGAAGACUAUUUUGUUCCCCAGCUGGAACAAGUUGAGGUGAAGGAUGCAUAUCCCUUGGCUGUCGCCAAGGUCCCACAACCAACUGACAUUGUCCCACAUGGCACGAACCUCGACUCUCCGGCAGAGAGCAGCAUCACUUCCAACAUCAACAUGAUAAUCUGCCGCGUAGCCAGUGGCAACAUCAGCACCAGUAUUGAGGCCUUGGUGCAGAUCAAGGAGAUUCUAAGGCAGGAGGACAUUGGGAAAGCCAUGUCUGGCCACAUCAACCAAUUUCUGAUAGCCACGCUCCGGCAGCUGAAAUUCAUCCAUCGUCUUCAUGUUACAGCCGAGGAGAGGAAGGGGAAGGAACAGGUCACUGAGCUUUACAGCUGUGUCAUCUGCAAUAUGGUCUCCCUCUUCCAGAUGGGGAGCCUUGCUCAGGAAGCAUGUGCUGGGGUGCUGAAGGACCUCAUGAAUACUCUCAUCAGCUUGCUACUGGAUUCGCCAGUUGAUGAGCUUCAGAAAAGUCAGGAAGCGACCCAAUCUGUCAAUCUCUUGAUAAACAAGAUUCUGGAGAAAUCAGACCCAACCAGAAUUCUCAAGACCUUGCUUAUCUUACUCCAUGAAGGUUUGACAGCUAACACCAACCUUCUUGGCUUUUCUGAACUGGUGGCCAAGUGUCUGUGGAAAGCCACCAGGCUUCUUCCGCAAACCAUCCAUAGCAUCCACUUGGACCAGCUCCUGCUGGAGACCCACAUCUUCAUGAAGGCACUGCCCAAGGAAAGGCUGAAGCAAUAUGAGAGCAGUUACCCACACCGGGCACUGAAGACCCUUCUGCACACCCUCUGCAAGCUGAAGGGAGCAGAGAUCUUAGACCAUCUGACACUAAUAGAGAACAGAGAUGAGUCUGAGUUGGAGGCCCACCUGUGGAAAGUUGUGAGGCACUUGGCAGAGCAGUCUGGCAUGGAUGGGGACAAGGAAACUUCUUGCCCUCCUGAAAGUGAAGUCAACUGUGCUCUGGCUGCACUUUUCAAGAAGAUCAACAAUAAGGAGACUGCCAGGGCAGGCCUUGAGGAGCUGUACGAAUACAAGAAGAAACACCCUGAUGCAGACAUAGAGCCUUUCUUGAAAAACUGCUCCCUCCUCUUCCGGAGUUACGUCAAGCAUGGCUUGGCUGUGAUAGGGUCAGAGAGAGAGAGCAAGCAGAAGAACUGCUUUUUGACAGGGAAGCCUGCUUAGACAACGGCUGAGGUCACAUCCCCCACAUCCAAACAGCUCCAGUAGAGGCCCUGGUUCUGGUCAGUCCAUAAUUUGCCCAGACAUAGUUUUCACUGGCCCUCUUCUUUCAGGCCUUUCGUAUCACUGAUGAGGUGAAAAGUAACCAAUAAAAGCAGCCACCUACCGAAAGCAAAAGAGGUGCCACCACUGAAGUCACUCUGGGGGUCAUCAGGGUUCACUGGACAGGCGGUUUCAGGUUUCCUGUUCUAGAAGUGCCCUAGUCUUUUCAGCUCUAGAACUCAGCAGUUCAGAGGUAGAAACAUUUGCUUUGCAUGUAUGAAGUCUUUCCCUGCUUCCAUCAUUGACAACUCCAUGAGAAGGAUCUCAGGGGGCAUCAGUACAAGAACAGAACGAGAGCUGGGCCUUCAUGGCUCAGUGGGAGAGCUUCUGCAGUGCCGGAUUAAAGGAGAGCUGGUGUAGGCAUU